CGCGGCACUUUUAAAAUUUCGCGUUCUAAUUCGGAGCUCCAGGCAAUGGAGAGUACAGAAGAUUUCGUUGUGGUUGACGAGGACGCGGCAUCAGAAAAGAAGUCCGAGAUAGAUCGUCUGCGUGUUCUAGUCGAGCUUUUCACUAAGGCUCUUGGUAAGACUCACUCUGGUAUUCAGACAUUGCCCAAGACACUUUGAAUCAGUCAAAUGUGCUUCUUAAAGACGAGCUCCAGUCCGCUCUGAGUGUUACACUGCAGCAUGUCUGCCCUGACAGGACAUCAUCCACUGACGACCUGAUUAAGCUGCUGGAUGGCAAUGUUGGUUAAUGAAGCUUCACUUCUUAUCUAAAUAUACUUAGAUUUCCAGUCCCGAGGAAGUGAGAGCAAAUUAUGUCAAGCGUCUUUGCUCCCGGCUUGUCGCCUUAAACGAGGAAAAAUUGGCACUGCUUGCUGAAAACACAAGCCUAAGGGAAUCACUGACAGCAAAAGAAAAGGAGUUUUCGGACCAAGUGGCUGACGCCAGCCUUACAACACGGAAUAUCGAGAUGGUUCUUGAGCAGUUGGAGGACGGUGAUACAAAUCCUCCAGACAUUGUCUCUGCGAGCACGACAAUUGGGGAUCUGUGUACCAGUUUGAAUUCAAUAUAUAAUCGUCUUUCGAAACUCCAGCUGAAACCAGAAACCAUCGGCGGAGCAGAAGCCCUUAGUGAGUGCCCAAGCGCAGUGAGCGAAACAAAGCCUGUACCUCGGACAAUGGUUUCUGUGGGUGUACUAACUUGCGAUGAGCAGUCCACCUCACCUGGCACACCGAAACCUACGACGAUCCCGUCAUUACCGACGCCGGUUCAACUGUCAAAUUUGAAUGUUAAUGCAGUUAUUCAAGAUUUGCCUCCACCACCUGCAUAUCCUGCUCAGACGGACUUCGAGCGAGUGGAUCCUCAGACACCUUAUGUGGAACCUGACGACGAUCUUCACGAAUUCGGACUGUCAAAUGCUAAUGAGCGGAACGAUACAAAUAUGUUUAGUCGGAGCAGUGUCCCACAACUGGAACAUAUUCAAGGUUUUUGUGUUGCCGUUUUUCGCAUCUACUCCACCCAGUAUGACGACCAAGUGCAGUCCAUGUCGAGCCUAGCUAAUCGUCUUUUGGCGUCUGGUUUCCCAAAAAUCGGCGCCGUCCUUCGUCAUGCCUUCCAGGAGCUGGUACCGCCUGUGCGUCUAGAACAGGAGCGGACGGAGGGUGCAGGACGUGGGACACCACAGCCGAGUUACUCGGCGAAUCAGGUGAGCCAACAGCUGCCGGAAUAGGAGGAGCCGUGGUGUCCGUGCUGCCAACAGCGAUUUGCCUCCCGUGAUGACCUGGAAACCCAUUUGCUUAGCUGUCUGACAUAAUGUGGACGGACGCUUCGAGUGACAUUACUCAUUGAUUUAAUAUUCCGGUCGCCUGUCUCUCACUCCGCGUAUAUUCAGCGCGAUUCACUCCUUGCCGUGCACCUUCACGGUUAGCGCCGCCCUCCCAUCCUGAACGGUGAUAUAUAUCAUUGUGCGUGGACGUAAUCGAUUGAGUGUAUGGACUGCCUCAUUUUCAUUUCGCACCCAAGUCAUAUUCCCAGGUGACAUAACCACCUCUUUUUUUAACACGAACGUGCAUCAGUACUUCUGCACCCAAAGGAAGUCCUUCAUCAUGCGAUUUGACACGUCACUUGUUUUACUGAAGUAAUUUCCUUUUUUCUACGAGCUCUGACAUUCGGACUCCACCACAGAUUAUCACAUGAUGUCAUUUUCACUUGUGUGUUGAUUGAUGUUUUGCUUAUCUCUUGGUCAAACUAUAUUGAUCCUUCACGAAUUUGUGCCAGUGUUUGCGAUGUGACCAUUGAAAAUCACACUUGCAAGUGUCGUUGUUGUGAUACCCUUUCAUUGAACGGUAGGUCCAAUUAUCUUCAUGCGUUAAGUAUCUGCUGAAUCUCAGCUGCAACUGACAACGGGCCCAACAAUGAAUUAUGUCACAGGCUGGAAUGGAUGAAGUCGGUAGUUUGCCCGCUGUUUCUCAAUACGAGUAGGGACGCGGUCAUCUGUUUUCUUGGCUUAGAAUUGAUCGUUACCACUUGUCUGUCUGCGUCGUUGUCAUGGCAGCAAGACGUAGUACCUUUUAUUUGUCAUUUCAUUUUCUACGAAAUUCGUUGACCACCCG